AUGACGUCUUAUGUUCUCCCUGAGUCUUGCACGUCUUCCAAGAAACAGACUUUAACCACGACAAUCACGGAAACUGUCUAUGUCACCAUCACUCAGUAUUUUUCUUCUGCCCUAUCCACAGCAAGCCCUGACUCUGAAGGCAAUUCUGUCUGUGAGGCGCCAACUCCUGAAUCAAAGAAUAUCAAGCAUGCUACUACUACUGAGGCAACUAUAACGGCAACAGUUUACCCAAUCCCAGUUUCUGAGUACACGACUAUUGUCACAUCCUUUUUAACUAAGGUAAUUACCUUGACUUUAAUUGAUGCCCCAGUGUCAAGCUAUUUGGCAAACGAACCGAUAUCACAGUCCAUUACCCCUGUGACUCAUCGCAGCACUGAGGCGUCUCAGAUAUUAAUCACUCAGCCUUCUCCAUCCGCUAGCACUACGUCUUCUACUCCCGUCUCUUCAACCAAUUCAUCCACUCAUCUUACCUUCCCCACUCCAUCCCCAUCCACUAAAAUUGCACCUACUACUUCAGCGAUUCCAACCACACUCUCAGCUGUUCCUUCUAGGGCAUAUGGCUCAAGCGGAUGGAACUCCACAAUCCCGACCAGCACGAUGGCCCAAGGAACAGGGAUACUGAUUGUUUCAGGAGUUCCAAUCCCUAAGCCUCCAUUUCUGUCCCAGCCAGCAAAUGAACCCAUCAGCAAACGACAAGUUGGAGCUAUGGUUACCGCAACCAUUAACGACCGGGUUGUCUCGUGGUUCAACGUAUGGAAGGGCUCUCCAUUGUCAUCCCCAGCUCCAAGCCCGACAUCAGUUGUUGAGAGCACCAAGACGAUAACUACACCUUCAUCAGUUCCGACAAAGUGUGGAGAAUUGGGUGAAUUUACCAUGGAUUUUGACGACCUGCCGAGGUUUUCCCCAGCUGAUAAUAACACUGCUCCAUUUCCUCCAAUCUUCAACCCGUAUUACCAUCUUUUCUUUUCUGACGGAUGGGCUUAUGGUCCCCCUCCAACUGAACCAUAUCCUCCUAUUUCCAACCCUCACAUAGGAAUCUACGUUCCUUCGGCAGGCGAGGACAACCACGGCUCCCCAUAUGCAGGGCUGCUAGCUGGAGGUCAAUUUGGCGCAGGUCCCCGUAGUAGCAUUAACACAUUCUGGUUUGACGCUUACUCCGCCUAUUUUGGCUGCGACAAUGGCUCUACGAAUAACUCUUGCGCAGUCACGGUGUCAGCAGUUAGAUACUCAACGGUGACCCGAACAGAAGAGGAUGCUGGAACCCGCACAUUCACCCUCCCACCAUGCCCUGACUACGAAAACUGUGCCCUUUCUCCAUUGGACUUUGGUGAUAGUUUUAGUGGCAUCAGCGGUCUCCAGUUUUCAGCAUUCGUUGGAGAUAAGCCUGUCAUCUGGUUUAUUGACAACAUCAAAAUGAACUGGUAUAACAAUUCUUGUACUGCUGGUUUAGAGCGCUUGCGAUCACGUUGA